AUGUCAAAUUGUAACCGUUGCAAAGGUUGAAAGUGAUGUAAACAAUUUAUAAGAAAAUAUUGCUCUCGCUACAAAUAUUUUAUUGUUUUAAGGAAAUAUACGCAGAAGUAAUGAUAUUAGCUUUAAUUUCGUAGUGUUUUUAGUUAUUUCAUUGUGUAAUAUGGAUCCAUUCACCCAGCGUAUGUUGGAAAGAGCGCGUGCUAGACAAGAGAAAAUCGAUCAGAAAUUAGCAAACUCCGGUCAAACUCCGAAACGAAAACCUCUUGCUGAAAACGUCGGUGUUGUAAAACCUCAAUCUCCUAUUAAAUCACCAAUUAAAUCAUCAAAGGAGCCAGUUUUUUCACCAAAGAAACCUUCUAGAGAGUCUCUGAAAUCAGAAACGCAGAGAAAAAGCGUACAGAAAUCUGAUUUGAUAGUCGCCUCUCCACAGAAGCGGAACGAUGUUGUAGUAACGAAAAAGGAGUUCAAAAGUCCGAAAAAGGGCAGUUUGAAUAGACGGAACUCGGACGUAUCAGUUGAGAUUAAUAUUUCUCAUAGAAAUGAUAUACAAAUUGAAGUGCAAGUUGAAGAAAGAGAUGUUCCUAUAAGUAUUUUGUAUGAUCCAAAUUUAGAAAGAGGCAGCAAUGUAGUCAUUAAGGAAAUUCAAGAUGACAGUUCUAAGGCAAUAUUGGAUAAGGAAGGUGAUAUCGGAGAUGCAAAGAAUGAUCGUCCAGCAUUAAGACAUAAUGUUAAAUCUCGCUUAGACAGACUGGGAAAUUUAUAUUCUGACACUCCAAACUUAUCAUCGCCGAUAAAUCGCACGGAAUCUAAUUUCAACUCAGCGUCUCCGCCGCCUGUGUCACAGUCUAAAGAAAGACCCGCUCAAGAAGGGAAGAAAAAAUUUGGAAGACUUGCCGCUCUCGCUGACCAGAUCAAUAACUGGGAGGAUGAUCUUUCUCAUCAUAGUCACACUACAGAAGUAAAGAAGAAUCAGCCACAGCAAAAAAGAAAUGCAGAGGAAAAACAAGAAUCAUCAACACUGGAUGUGUCGAUACAUUCUUUUAAAGACAUUAAUAAAGUUCUACAGACUACUAGUAAUAAGACAACAAAACCCAUCAAUUCGCGCACCUUCACCAAGUCGGUGAACGAAUGCCAGAGACUUGAAACUAAAAUUGUUGCAGAAUUGGAAGAAAACGAGAAUGACGUACCGGACUGUUGUGUACAAACAAAAACAGAUAGUGACAAGCCGGCGCCCGAAAAGGGAUCGCCCUUGGUGAAGAAAUUUGCGACCAGACUGAAUGGGAAUGUGGACAGGAGCUCGGUUCUGUCCAAGGCAGCGAUGUUCGAGGCGGGUAGCCCCAAGACCAAGGAAAAAGACCCCGCAGAGAUGUCGUUGAGGGAACGGAAAGCACUAUUCGAAAAGAAUAAGGGCACAGCGAUCAUUCCGAAGGCGCCCUUCGGUCUCGCACCCUCCGUCAAAAUACUGCAAGGGGAGAAUAAAGCAGACAAAGCGCGACCAGCGCCGACUAAACAAGAUAAAUCAGACACAAUCUCAGUGCAUUCAACAAGUUCCAAAACGAACCUUUCCAAUAAUUCUAGAACAACCUCUAAAGACAGUGUGAACGAAGACACGAUCAGUCAAACUUCGCUAGGAGGAGGUAUUAAAGGAAAAUUGGCGGCCCUAUUUAACAAGGAGCAGACGAUAAGCGAGACAACGAUAGCAAAUAAGUUUAAACAAGAAAGAGAGAAAGAGAUGGAGAUGUUGCAGAAUAGAUUCCAAUAUAAGCCUAAACAAGAGACUACAGAACAGCACAAUGAAUCGGAUGACGACCAUAGUGAGAAUGACCCCUCAGAAAAGGCCCCUCUAAUGGGCAGUACUAUGAGUCUCUCCCAAGCCAAGAAGCCGGAGAUCGUGUCCAAUCUGCCUAAAGUCACCUUCGAUGAUAAAGAAGCGCCUACUGAUAAAGAUGACAAAGUCGUGGCUUCACAACCGGUUAAGAGAAGAAGUUCCCAAGACUCGCAAGUGGUACUCUCAGUAUUAGAAGAUGUAAAAAGGAUCAAAGUAAACAAUCCUAAAGAGAGUAACGGAGGUCUCCCCCAGCCGAGCAUCUACCCACAUUUAUCGGAUAUAGAAACAGAUCAAUCCAAUUCUCAAGAGGAAUACUCCGACUGUGGUGGAUCAAGUGCGGACACACGACAAGACAACUUGAACAAAUCAGACAACUGGGGUGAUACGUCAUUUGGAAGGGAAGUUAUGAAUGUUGUAAAGAAAAACAACUCCAGUUACAAGAAAGCUGUUCGUGAGGAUGACUCGGAUAGUUCACACAGCCCCUAUGACAGCGAAUUGGACGAAAUGCUGGACGAGGCACUGGAAGACAGCGAAGGACCAACGCCACCUAAAGGUCUAUCAUCAAAUAGUUUCGUGUACGAGGAGAAGGCAAAAUUCAAAUCACCAGUAAAGGUGCCGCCCACGACGCCAGCGAAACACGACCGCGGCGCGGAGCUAGUGCAUAGCGUUAGCUUUUAUAGGAGAAUGCAGAAUGCUUCGUCGACGCCGUCGACCCCACUACGUGUGGUACGGCACGAGUCGCCGGAGCGCGCGCCGCCCGACGAGCCCGUACUCAACGUCACCACGGUGCGGGAACGCAUCAAAGAGCUGCAGAAUGAGAUUAACAAGCAACAAACUAUUAUAUCACAGGCUAGCCAGGCGUUGAAUCUGUGCGCGUCUACAAUAGAAUUCAGCGGCUCCACGGAACAGGCGGAAGGGGAAAGACUACUACUUUUAGCUACGCAC